CGACCCGGGCGAGGCCGGGCCCCGUCGUCCCUGCGUGCCGUCUUUCCUGCAGGGCUGCAGAGUAGCAGAGGCACAUACUUCACGUUUCUGAGGACAACCCCAGCAACAGCCUAGGACCCUGGCUUCCCUGAGUCAUUUGAGUUUUUUCAGGGAAUAAGGACUUUGCUUCUUUGUCAUGGAUUUGCAACAAGAGAUCCUUUGAAACUUCAAAGACUUUUUAAAGACAGAAGACAGCAUGAGAUUGGAUUCAGUGCAGUAAAGUAGGUUACUUGGAGGACAAGAAAAAAAAAGCUUUUCUUUAGACCUUCUUGUGCUAUCAUGAUGAGACCUUACCAUUGCUUCUGGCUGCUGUUUUGGGCUGGUCAGCCUCACCAAAGUUUGUUAAGUCCAUUAUCCAAAAGGACUAGUGGCUUUCCAGAAGAGGAAAAGGUUUUGGUAUUGUCUGGAAACAGCAGGCAAGACCUCCAUCGUUCCAAACGGAGCUGGAUGUGGAAUCAGUUCUUUUUAUUGGAAGAAUACACAGGAACGGACUACCAAUAUGUUGGCAAGCUGCAUUCAGACCAGGAUAAAGGAGAUGGAUCACUUAAGUACAUCCUUUCUGGAGAUGGAGCAGGAGACCUCUUCAUUAUCAAUGAAAACACUGGUGACAUCCAGGCCACAAAGAGACUAGACAGGGAAGAAAAGCCUGUAUACAUACUCCGUGCCCAGGCUAUAAACAGAAGGACUGGAAGACCAGUGGAACCAGAGUCUGAAUUCAUCAUUAAGAUCCAUGAUAUCAAUGACAAUGAGCCAAUGUUUACCAAGGAUGUUUACAAUGCCAGCAUUCCUGAGAUGUCAGAUAUUGGUACCUUUGUUGUGCAAGUCACCGCAACUGAUGCUGAUGAUCCUACAUAUGGGAACAGUGCCAAAGUUGUCUACAGCAUUCUCCAGGGACAACCAUAUUUCUCUGUUGAAUCUGAGACAGGCAUUAUUAAAACUGCUCUGCUGAACAUGGACCGUGAAAAUAGGGAGCAGUACCAAGUGGUCAUCCAGGCUAAGGACAUGGGAGGCCAGAUGGGAGGAUUGUCAGGAACCACCACCGUGAACAUCACAUUGACUGACGUAAACGACAACCCUCCUCGCUUCCCCCAGAGCACAUAUCAAUUCAGAGCUCCUGAGUCUACACCACCUGCCUCACCAGUUGGCAGGAUAAAAGCUAAUGAUGCUGAUGUGGAUGAAAACGCAGAGAUUGAAUACAGUAUCACGGAGGGGGAUGGAUAUGACAUGUUUGGAAUUACGACAGACAAGGACACACAGGAAGGAAUUAUAACAGUCAAAAAGGCACUGGACUUUGAAAAUAAAAACCUGUAUAUCCUGAAAGUGGAAGCUACCAAUACUCAUGUGGACCCUCGAUUUCUCUACCUGGGGCCAUUCAAGGACUCAGCUACAGUCAGAAUUCAGGUGGAGGAUGUAGAUGAACCCCCUGUGUUCAGCAGACCAGCAUAUAUAAUGGAAGUGAAAGAAGAUGUUCCGAUAAACAGUGUAAUAGGAACAGUAACUGCUCAGGAUCCAGAUGCUGCAAAGAACCCUGUCAAGUACUCUGUAGAUCGACACACUGAUAUGGACAGAGUAUUCAACAUCAAUUCAGGAAAUGGUUCGAUCUUUACUUCAAAACCCCUUGACCGGGAAACACUGCUGUGGCACAACAUUACAGUAAUAGCAUCAGAGAUCAACAACCCAAAACAAAGCAGCCGUGUCCCAGUGUUCAUUAAGGUUUUGGAUGUAAAUGACAAUGCUCCUGAGUUUGCCAUGUUUUAUGAGACCUUCGUCUGUGAAAAUGCAAAGGCAGAACAGCUGAUACAAACAUUAAGUGCUGUUGAUAAAGAUGACUCUUACAGUGGACAUCAGUUUUCCUUCUCGUUAGCUCCUGAGGCAGCCAGCAGCUCAAACUUUACACUACAGGACAACAGAGACAAUACAGCAGGGAUUUUCACCCGUAAAAACAGAUACAACCGGCAUGAAAUGAGUACCUACUUCUUGCCAGUGGUAAUAUCAGACAAUGACUACCCUAUCCAGAGCAGCACUGAAACUGUGACUAUUCGAGUAUGUGCUUGUGACCAUCGAGGAAAGAUGCUGUCCUGUAAUGCAGAAGCCUUGAUUCAUCCUACUGGUCUUAGCACUGGAGCUCUUAUUGCCAUUCUUCUCUGUAUAAUUAUUUUACUCGUUACAGUGGUGCUGUUUGCAGCACUGAGACGGCAGCGGAAAAAAGAGCCUUUGAUUAUUUCCAAAGAAGACAUCAGAGACAACAUUGUCAGCUAUAAUGAUGAAGGUGGUGGAGAGGAAGACACCCAGGCGUUUGAUAUCGGCACGCUGAGGAAUCCCGAAGCCAUAGACGAUAACAAAUUGCGCAGGGACAUUGUGCCAGAAACACUUUUUAUGCCGCGGCGGACUACAACGGCACGAGACAACACGGAUGUCAGAGAUUUCAUUAACCAAAGGUUAAAGGAAAACGAUGCAGAUCCAGCAGCCCCUCCAUAUGACUCGUUAGCAACCUACGCGUACGAAGGUAAUGGUUCUGUGGCCGAGUCCCUCAGCUCCUUGGAGUCGGUGACCACGGACGGAGAUCAGGACUACGAUUACCUCAGUGACUGGGGGCCUCGGUUUAAAAAGCUGGCAGAUAUGUAUGGCGCAAUGGACAGUGACAAAGACUUUUAAUAUGUUGCCU